AUGGCGGCCGGAUCACGGCCUCCGGUGCCGACCUCUCACGCCAAACCGCCCCUCGCAUCGCUCAUAUCCACGCACGACUUUGAGGACGCCGCCUCCCGCUCCCUCACCCCCAAAGCCUGGGCCUUCAUCUCCUCUGCCGCCACCGAUCUCAACACCAAGCGCCGCAACACCUCCGCCUUCGCCGAUAUCGCCCUCCGCCCACGCACCCUGCGCGAUGCUUCGUCCGUCGACCUGUCCGCAUCCAUGCUCGGCCGCCCCCUGCGCAUGCCGCUCUUUUGCAGCCCUGCCGCCAUGGCGUCUCUCGUCCACCCGGACGCUGAAAAGGCCAUCGGCACCGCCUGCAAGGCCUCGGGCAUCGCUCAGUGCGUCUCCACGAGCGCCAGCUAUCCUCUCGCGGACAUCGUGGCCGCCGUCGACGCCCACCCCGUCGACACGCCCCACGACACCCCCGUCUUUUUCCAGCUCUACGUCGAUAAGAACCGCGCCAACACGCGCAGGUUGAUCCGGGACGCCCGCGCCGCCGGCGCCAAGGCCCUCUUUGUCACCAUCGACGCCGCCGUCCCUGGAAAGCGGGAGGCCGACGAGCGCGUCCCCGCCGACGCCCCCAUCAUCUCGCCCCUGUCCGGCACGGCCGCCGCCCACGACGCCAAGGGCAGCUCCAUCGGCCGCACCAUGGGCGCGUUCAUCGACUCGUCCCUCUGCUGGGCCGACAUCCCGUGGCUGCGCAGCUGCGCCCCAGACAUGCCCAUCGUCCUGAAGGGCAUCCAGACCAGCGAAGACGCCGUCCUGGCCAUGGAGGCUGGCGUCGACGGCAUCGUGGUCUCCAACCACGGCGGCCGCAGCCUCGACACCGUGCCCGCCACCAUACUGAUCCUGCUAGAGCUCCGCAAGAACUGUCCCGAGAUCUUCGACCGCCUGGAUGUGUACAUAGACGGCGGCAUCAGGCGCGGCACCGACAUAUUCAAGGCGCUUUGUCUGGGCGCCAAGGCCGUCGGCAUCGGGCGGGGCCCGCUGUUCGCCGUCAACUAUGGCUACGCAGGGGUCCUCAAGUACAUUGAACUCCUGAGAGACGAGCUGGAGACGACGAUGAAGUUGUGUGGAGUCACGAGUCUGGAACAGCUUCACCCCGAAUAUCUGAACACGCUCGCCGUAGACCACCUUAUCCCUGCCAAGAACCCCGUGGACUCGUCGGCGCAUGUCAGAAGCCGUCUGUAG